GGGGGUUGACGAAAGGAACAAGGGAGAAGGAUGGCGGGGCAUCGGCCUGGGCGUCUCCGCCAGCUGGUGCUGCUGGGCUGGGGGGCGCUGCUGCUGGCUCACUGCUGGUCCUCCGUGCUGUCCCAGAUCCCCGAUCCCGAGCUCCUACCCACAGACCCCCCGAAGAAGCCCGACCCGGUCAACUCGGAGACGGUGGUCUUCUGGGGGCUGAGACUGUGGCAGGUCAUCGGCAUCUUCUCGAUGUUCGGCUUGACGGUUGUUAUCACGUUAUGCUGCAUCUUCAAAUGCCGAAUCCCCAGGACCAAGAAGGAGAUCGAGGCACGCAACGCCCAGAGACUGGCUGCUAAGUCCUACGCCGACACACUGGAGACUGUCCCCCCACUCAACGAGCUGACCGAGAUCCCAGGGUCUGCGAAGGUGGUGGAGGAGGAGGUGGAGACGGUUGCCGGCAAGGUGGACGGCAAGGAAGGGAAGAAGGCCAAGAAAGGAAAGGAAGGGAAGGAAGGGAAGGAAGGGAAGGAGGAGAAGGAAGAGAAGGAGGAUUCAGAGGAAGAAGGGAAGAAGAAGAAGAAGAAGAAGAAGAAGGCAGAGGACGAAGAGGACGGAGAGGAGGCUGAGAAGGGUGGAUCCAAGAAAAGAGGGGACAAAGGAGAAAAGGGAGACAAGGAAGGAGGUAAAGGCGGAGCGAAGGGCGGGGCCAAGAAAGGAGGGGCUAAAAAGUGAACUGCAAACAGAAUUUAAAUGGAGAACAAAGACUCUUAUUUUCUAUGGACAGUCUCUAAUUGUCUACGGACAAAUGCUGGUGAUGCUGCGAAAGAAAACACGAGUAAACAAACCUCAUAUUAUCCAAUGUUGGAUAAUAUGAGUUUUUUUGGACUUUUGGAUGCUUUUUAUGUUUUGUACAUGUUUUAUAAGCAAACAAGAGAGCAAUACAGUCAAAUUUGUAUAUUUAUUGUGUUAUUUUCAAUACACAAACAGCAAACACCAUUUUGUUUGAUUCCAAAUGUACAUGUACAUUAUUAACUUGCCUGAAUAACAAUCGACUAUAAAACAAGCAAUGGUCUCUUGCAAACAUUCUCCACAUAUCAGAAGCAAAAUCAUAUUUAUGAACAAUGAAUGUAUAUAUAUAUAUAUUUUAGUAUGAUAUAAAUAAAGAAAACCAACUUUUUAUUCUAUGAGAGGUAUUUGAAACAAUUGCUAUAACCUUAGCUCUAUGACAAUUUGCCGUUAUACACUUGAAUCCAAAACACAAUCAAUUUACAAAGUACAUCGAAAACAGAAUACUGUAUUGUAGUUCAUUAAAG